AUGGCUGACCUCGCACGCGAGGAAGCUGACCGUUACUUCUCUUCUCGACCCCAAAGAUCUGCUCAUCCAGAAGACGAAGACGAUCGAUCAACACACUCAUCGGAUGAUCAACCUGAAUCGGCCAACGACAACUAUUAUCAUUCAGACCCGGGCACAGACGACGAAGACGUCCACCAUCACAACACCAAUAUGGCUACUAUGACCUCCACCCGGAAUACUUACUAUAUCCCCGCCCAGACACACUAUGCCAACACUGGGCCCAAGGGCGUCAUUGCCGAUGCUCAGUCGUAUGCUCGUGCCAAACAGUCCACCUUUCGCAAACGCAUGAGCAGCUUUGCCGGCAACCUGACCUCACGCAUGACAGUUCCUAGUGUGACAGAAAAGACCGAACAAAGAAAGACUCUGUCAGGAUCACCUCCAAAAUCCACGUCCUCCGACCUCUCUGAUGAGGACGCUGACUCCCAGUUCAUGGAGACGUGGCGGGCGAGCCGCCUGCAAGAGCUGGCAUCUUUGUCACAGGCUCCCCAGAGACGACAGUCCCCUAGUCGACGGACCUGGGGCACCUUUGUCGAGGUCGACGCCAACGGCUACCUUGACGCCGUGGAAAAGGUGCCCGAGGACACUGUUGUGGUCGUCAUGAUCUACGAUCCCUCGUCAUCGGCUAGUGCCGAAGUCGAGGAUGAACUCUCCAUGCUGGCCUACAAGCAUAACAAGACCCGCUUCGUACGGUUACAUCACGAGAUUGCAGAGAUGCAGUCUAUCGAGGUCCCUGCCCUGCUGGCAUACAAGGCUGGGGAUGUUUUCGCCACAAUAUCUGGCGCAAAGGCCGAAGGCUUAGAAGGUGUUUUAUUAAGGUACUGA